AGUUCCUGGGAAUGGCUUUUCCCGUUAAACAAGCACUGGGAGGGUCUGAUAUUUCAGAUGCUUGCUAUAGACUGGAGCAAACCAAGCCCUGGGUGUUUCACCGAUUUCCAGAUGAUUAGGAGCCUAGUGAUGGCUGAAGGCUGCUCUGGCAUGGGACCGCUUUAGGAGCGUUUGUCAUCUCCACCAUGCCUGGAAUAGUGUCCCCUUUCAAACGUGUCUUCCUGAAAGGCGAAAAGGGUCGGGAUAAAAAGGCCCAGGAAAAGGUUACGGAAAGACGACCUCUUCAUACAGUACUGCUGUCCUUGCCUGAUCGAGUUGAACCAGACAUAUUGUUGAAUGACUACAUUGAAAAGGAAGUCAAGUAUUUAGGCCAACUAACAUCCAUCCCAGGGUACCUGAAUCCCUCCAGUCGUACUGAAAUAUUGCAUUUAAUAGACAAUGCAAAGAGGGCACAUCAGCUCCCAGGGCAGCUGACCCAGGAACAUGAUGCUGUGAUUAGUCUGUCUGCCCACAAUGUCAAGCUGGUGUGGCGGGAUGGAGAGGAUAUCAUACUCAGGGUCCCCAUCCAUGACAUCGCAUCUGUGUCAUACAUCCGCGAUGACUCCUCACACCUAGUAGUGCUGAAAACAGCUCAGGACCCUGGGAUUUCCCCAAGCCAGAGUCUUUGUGCAGAAAGCUCCAAAGCACUUACUUCAGGAUCGUUGUCUGAGAGUGGAGUGGUACCUGUCGAAGCUUGUUGUUUGGUGGUCCUGGCUACAGAGAACAAAGUAACUGCAGAGGAACUCUGCUCACUUCUCAGCCAAGUCUUCCAGAUUGUUUACACUGAGUCCACAAUAGACUUCUUAGAUAGAGCAAUAUUUGAUGGGGCCUCCACCCCAACGCGCCAUAUGUCCCUACACAGUGAUGAUUCUUCAACAAAAGUGGACAUUAAAGAAUCUUACGAAACAGAAGCAAGCACUUUCUCCUUUCUGGAAUCCUCGGAUACAGGCGGCAACUCACCUUCUUCCUUCUCGAUGCCUCAGUCUCCACACGUUAAGACGGUCAGUGAAAGCGAGCUGAGCACCACAGCAACGGAGCUGCUCCAGGACUACAUGAUGACGCUAAGAACCAAACUCUCUUCCCAAGAGAUCCAGCAGUUUGCAAUGCUCCUGCACGAAUAUCGCAAUGGGGCUUCAAUACACGAAUUCUGCAUCAACCUGAGACAGCUCUAUGGGGACAGUAGGAAAUUCCUAUUACUAGGCCUUAGACCGUUCAUUCCUGAAAAGGACAGCCAACACUUUGAGAACUUCCUAGAAACCAUCGGGGUGAAGGAUGGCCGGGGAAUUAUCACAGACAGUUUCGGGAGGUACAGACGGACUCUGAGCACUACCUCCAAUUCAACGACCAAUGGGAAUGGAGCUGCAGGGAGCUCGGAUGACCAGUCUGCCCCUUCCGAGGGAGACGAGUGGGACCGAAUGAUCUCUGACAUAAGCAACGACAUUGAAGCUCUUGGCUGCAGCAUGGACCAGGAUUCAUCAUGAGACACAGCUGCGGGAGGGAGGAUGAGAAGAUAGCUCCUUUCAAAGGGGCUUUAUUGUUCUUUCACCUGCAUAUACUAAUUGCAGCAACAUUUGCUGCUGUCUUCCUGACCUUCCAGUCUGAAAGAAGCUCCAAGGAUCAAUUGGGAUGUGAUUAUUUUUCCCGCCUUGUCAAUGUCUUCACUGGUGCCCAUUUUGUGAUGGUGGCUGGUGCCCUCUUACUGUGAAGGCAUGUGUGUGUCUUCGUGCAGGUGAGCGUGCUGUGUGAGAGGAAACCCGGGUUGGGUGCUGGAACCGGAGUCCCUUCCUCUGACUUCUUAGAACUUUCUUUGGUUUUGUGUUUUCUUUGCUGUCGUCGCUCUGGAGUGAUGCAACAAAGCUGGGGCAAGAAACAUGCAUUGAGCAGUAACAGCUCACUGGGACCCGAUGGCGGGUUUACAGUUUUGCACAUGAUAUUCCUAUUGUAACUCAGACUUUUUUUAAAUGAAGUUUACCACAAUGUGAAUAAUUUAAACCUGUUGUUGGUGUUGUCAAACAUUUCUAAUCCAAACCCGAAGGCUGUCUGCUGCGAUACUGACGUGAUUGUUUUGUUGCAAAGGCCAGUGUGGGUUGCUCUUCAUUGGUCACAGAGGGAACUCUGCAGAUGUGACCUCUGGGCUGUCCCCUUGCAGGAGGGGAGUUGCUUGGCGUGGGUAACCUUGGCCUUUCGCCUCUAGCACUCUGGUUCAAAUUCAGCCCAUAGUGCAGAGUAGGGCAUGAGUGUUGGUGCAUUUAGCACUGUCCUAGUGGACAGUCUAGUCUAAAACCAAUCCUGCCAUUCAGCAUGGCUGGCAGUCUUUGCUCAGGAAGAACCUAGGGCCUGAGGGAAAUAGGAGAUGGAACCACAUUUUUACCUCUAGCAAAGUUAUUGAUCGGGCUAGUGUGUGUGUGCAUGUGUGUGGUGAGAGCUCCUGUUGUGGCUCUUUGUGCUUUCUGGCCUGGGGCUAUGUGGAUUCACGUUCCCAGUGCUGCUAGCCCCUUAACCUUCACAAGCACAACUGUUCACUCAGUAAAACCCGAUCUCAGUCCCAGUCCAGCACAAGCAGACGUGACAGGUUUUCUGCUGCUCCCCAGAGGGCGCCAUGGUGCAUAUAUACCUCCCCCAACACCUGGAGCAUUUGUCCACGCAAUGUGCUUGAGCACCUCCUGCAGGACUGAUGCUGUUAGGGAGUUCAGGGCUCUGAGCAUCUAGCAGGAUUGACUCCAACAGAUGGCAGUGACUUCAGACAGGAAGUGACAGUAAAUUUGUUCUGUUGCUUAGAAUUUCUCCUUUAAGGUUACAAUAACCAGGAAAUUCUCAGCCAGGUUGAGUUCAGCAUCAGUAGCUAUUUGCAUGGGGAGUGGAUUUUGGUCACCCUUGAAGGGUGAGAUGGUAACAAGUUAAAAUGAUAAAGUAAACUUUCUAUGAAAUUAGUGGGAUGGAUGUAUAGAUAUCUAAUGUACAGGUUGUAUAUAUUAUACAGGCAAUUAUAAAUACACUUAUUUUUUGUAUCUGAAUUCCAUGCCAUAAUAUCUAUACUGGCCGCUAUAACUGACCUUCAAAGGAACAUUUGGUUGAUA